CGUCCUGAGUACAACGAAAAGAUACAUCUGAUGCAGGCUCUAGCGCCAGUGGCCUUCACGAGUCAUAUGAGAAGUCCUCUGCUACGAGUGUUAUCCGUAUUCCAAGAAACCCUAACCAUACUUUUUGAAACCUUCGGGAUCGACGAGUUCAAGCCGAACAAUAGUAUUCUCCAUGACAUAGCUCGAUUGUUUUGCUCUGGAAGUAUUACAAGUAAUCUGUGCCUGAACGUCCUUUUUCAAUUGGCAGGAGCUGAUCCCGAUCAGGUCGAACUGCAAAUAAUUCCCCUUCUCGUUGGUCACACACCUGCGGGUGCAUCGACGAAGCAGAUUGUCCACUACGCUCAAGGCGUACGGACGGCACAAUUUCGUCGAUACGAUUUCGGUAAAAUCAAAAAUACAUUCAUAUACGGCAUGCCGGAACCUCCGGAGUACAACCUCACGGAAGUACGGACACCGGUUGUGUUUCACUACGGCUUGAACGAUUAUCUUGCUGAUCCCGAAGACGUACUGCAGCUUGGCCGUGCACUACCGAAUCUCAUUGAACACCGCCAGGUGCAGCAUAACACCUUUAACCAUCUGGAUUUUCUGUUUGCCAAGGAUGUUCGGGAGCUACUGUAUGGGGACAUCAUCCAGAGAAUUCUGACCUGGAAAGUAUUGUGAGACAGGUCAAUUGUUUAUAUAGUUAGGAUAUGUAAAUACACUCUCUUAGAAUUUGUUGUAA